ACGUGUCGAUCUUUGGAAGUUGGACACGCACGUGUAACGCUGACUGCGGCCCGAUAAGAUAGGAAAUGAUGUAAACAAGCCCGAGAGCUCCGGCGGUCUGGGAAAACGAAGUGCUUCUUAUUUUUUUUAUACUAUAUAUUUCUUUUUAUUGUUGUGCGGUUAUCGUUUGCUUAUUCCCGUUCAAUCUUCACGGAAAGGAGAAUGGCCCAGUGGUACCAGCUACAACAGCUGGACUCCAAGUACCUGGAGCAGCUGGACCAGCUGUAUGAUGACACCUUUCCAAUGGAGAUUCGCCAGUAUCUCAGCCAGUGGAUCGAAAGUCAUGACUGGGCGCUGGUGGCCUCUGACAUCUCCCUGGCGACAGUGCGCUUCCACGACCUUUUGGCCCAGCUGGAUGACCAGUACAGUCGCUUUGCCCUGGAGAACAACUUCCUGUUGCAGCACAACAUCCGCAAGAUCAAGAGGAACCUCCAGGAUAAUUUUCAGGAAGAUCCUGUGUACAUGGCUAUGAUCAUCUGCAGAUACCUGAAGGAGGAGCAGAAGAUUCUGGAAUUAGCAAAGAACACAGAGGAGAGCAUGGGCAAUGAACAGAGCAGCCUGGCUGCCGAGAAGCAGAAAGAGCUGGAUAAUAAAGUUAAAUACCUCAGGAGUAAAGUACAGGAAACGGAGCAGAAAAUAAAAUCACUCGAGGACCUGCAAGAUGAUCACGACUUCAAGCACAAAACCCUGCAGAGCAGAGAGCAUGACAUGGUAAACAUGGUGAACCAGAGCGAGAUCAGACGUGAGGAGAUGGCCAUACGGGAGAUGUUCCUCAAACUGAGCAUAAAGCGAGAGGAGGUAGUGCGGCAGAUGGCGGAGACACUCAACCUGGUGGAACAGGUGGAGUAUCAGUUGAUCAAAGACGAGCUUCCUGACUGGAAGCGGCGGCAGCAGAUUGCGUGCAUCGGGGGCCCCCCCAACACAUGCUUGGAUCAGUUGCAGUCAUGGUUCACUGCCGUGGCCGAAUGUCUGCAGCAGGUUCGGCAGCAGCUGAAGAAGCUUCAGGAGCUGGAGCAGAAGUACACAUAUGAAAAUGACCCCAUCACGCUGAAGAAGACCUUUCUGGAGGACCGUUGCAUCUUGCUGUUCAAGAACCUCAUUGUCAACUCCUUGGUGGUGGAGCGACAGCCCUGUAUGCCGACAAACCCUCAGAGGCCACUGGUGGUGAAGACAGGGGUUCAGUUCACCGUUAAACUCAGGCUGCUGGUGAAGCUCCCAGAGUUUAAUUACCAGCUCAGCGUGAAGGCUUUGUUUGACAAGGAUGUCACGGAGAAGAACACUGUCAAAGGUUUCCGCAAGUUUAACCUUCUGGGCACAAACACAAAAGUCAUGAAUAUGGAAGAGUCCAAUGGGAGCCUUUCUGCAGAGUUCCGGCAUCUGCAAUUGAGGGAAGCAAAGGCAGCAGGUUCCAGGUCAAGUGAGGGCCCGCUCAUAGUCACAGAGGAGCUUCACUCCAUCAGUUUUGAGACCAAACUUUGCCAGCCAGGCCUUGAUGUUGAGCUGGAGAUAACCGCCCUCCCUGUGGUUGUGAUCUCCAAUGGCAUCCAGCUGCCUGGAAGUUGGGCUUCUAUCCUGUGGUACAACAUUCUCUGUCCUGAUGCCAAGAACCUGUCAUUUUUCCUCAACCCCCCUCCAGUGUGCUGGAGCCAGCUGUCUGAGGCCCUUAGCUGGCAGUUCUCUUCAGUCACUAAACGGGGACUGAACGCGGAGCAACUGGGCAUGCUAGGAGACAAGCUACUGGGUAGAGAGGCAGCUGGGAACCCAGAUGGGCUCAUCGCCUGGAGCAAGUUCUGUAAGCAGAACACAAAUGAGAAGAACUUUCCGUUCUGGCUGUGGUUGGAGGGCAUCCUGGAUCUCAUUAAGAAGCACCUACUGCAUCUAUGGAAUGAUGGGUACAUCAUGGGCUUUGUCAGUAAGGAGCGUGAGCGCGCUCUGUUGAAGGACAAGAAGCCUGGUACCUUCCUGCUGCGGUUCAGCGAGAGCAGUCGGGAGGGGGCCAUCACCUUUACCUGGGUGGAGCGCUCUGUAAAUGAUGAACCCGUGGUCCAUGCAGUGGAGCCCUAUACCAAGAAGGAGCUGACGGUUGUCUCUCUGCCGGACAUCAUCCGUAACUACAAGGUCAUGGCUGCGGAAAAUAUCCCAGAGAAUCCACUGGUUUACUUGUACCCAGAUAUUCCCAAGGAUGAGGCCUUAGGGAGCUACUACAGCAAACCCCCCGACUCCUCAGAAUCCAUGGAUGAUGACAGUCUGAGCCACGUCUACUGGAAGACGGCGCUGAUCUCUGUGUCGGAGAUUCACCCGUCGAAGCUUCAGGACAACAUACUGCCGCUGUCAAAAGAAGAGUUUGGCACCCUCUCUCAGCUGAUCCACUCUGUGGACAUGGACAUGGACAGCACAGUAGGUGGAGCAGCUUUCUGGGCUGUGACCCUCUAAUCAGUCACUGUUAUGGUGUUCCCAUCGUGUCAUUAUCUCCCAGCCGUUUGUGUGUGUGAACCUGCAGUUUGUUUGACUACAGAAACAGCCAUUUGCUUUUGCCUUUAGUCUAAGGGCAUAUGCCAUCUUGCUGUUGAACCAUGAUAUGGCAUUAGCCGAUCAGGUUCUUAAUGCUGAAUCAUGCUGUUCUGUUCCUCCUGUCACUUCCUACAAGAGACUUCCUGGCAUGCAGCUUGGAGUUGGUAAAGCAUUUUGUCAUGUUCUCAACAGCUUUUCAUUGUUCCACACUGUAAACACAGCAGUCAUUUUUAGUCUGCUGAUGAUGAGCUGUCUCUACUAGGUAACAUAAGUUAUCCAUUAUUCCCCCAGAUGUCCACUGCUUUACAGAACUAACCUCCACUUCUGCUGCAACCUGCAUUUGUCCAGCCGCCAGCUGCUUCUCCGGGACAGUGUCAUCUACCAGGCACCUGGGCCUGUAAUCAUUUUAAAUCUACUGUACCGUUAUGGUUGGACGUUCCUCUAUUUUAAUUUGAUACAAUAAAUUGAUUGUAGUAUAA